GCAGCGGCGGCGGCGACGCAGCCUGAGGCGACCGCGGCUGUCCCGUUCUCCCUGCGGCCUGCGGACCCGGGCGGCCGGAGCGGGCCGCGCUGGCGGCCACCAUGAUGGAGAUCCAGAUGGACGAGGGCGGCGGCGUGGUGGUGUACCAGGACGACUACUGCUCCGGCUCGGUGAUGUCGGAGCGCGUGUCGGGCCUGGCGGGCUCCAUCUACCGCGAGUUCGAGCGCCUCAUCCACUGCUACGACGAGGAGGUGGUCAAGGAGCUCAUGCCGCUGGUGGUGAACGUGCUGGAGAACCUGGACUCGGUGCUGAGCGAGAACCAGGAGCACGAGGUGGAGCUGGAGCUGCUGCGCGAGGACAACGAGCAGCUGCUCACGCAGUACGAGCGCGAGAAGGCGCUGCGCAGGCAGGCCGAGGAGAAAUUCAUCGAGUUUGAAGAUGCCUUGGAACAAGAGAAGAAAGAGCUACAAAUCCAGGUGGAGCACUAUGAGUUCCAGACACGCCAGCUGGAGUUGAAGGCCAAAAACUAUGCAGAUCAGAUCUCCAGGCUGGAGGAGCGGGAGUCAGAGAUGAAGAAGGAGUACAAUGCCCUGCACCAGCGGCACACAGAGAUGAUUCAGACCUACGUGGAGCACAUCGAGAGAUCCAAGAUGCAGCAGGUUGGGGGCAGUGGCCAGACAGAAAGCAGCCUGCCAGGGCGGAGUCCUCGCCAGUCAUGGAGGAAAAGCAGGAAGGAGCGCCCCACCUCUCUGAACGUCUUCCCCCUGGCUGAUGGCAUGGGUCCAAACGAUGAGAUGUCUGAGUCCGGACAGUCCUCAGCCGCUGCCACACCCAGCACCACAGGCACCAAGUCCAACACGCCCACGUCCUCCGUACCCUCUGCUGCAGUCACACCGCUCAACGAGAGCCUGCAGCCGCUGGGGGAGUUCGGCGGUGGCACAAAGAACAACAAGCGGGCGCGGGAGAAGCGCAACAGCCGCAACAUGGAGGUCCAGGUCACCCAGGAGAUGCGCAAUGUCAGCAUAGGCAUGGGCAGCAGUGACGAGUGGUCUGAUGUUCAGGACAUUAUUGACUCCACCCCAGAGCUGGAUAUGUGUCCUGAGACCCGCCUGGACCGCACAGGAAGCAGAGUGGGGGGUGGUCAGCUGUCUGUCAGCUGUGACAGUAUCGCUGGGGUAAUGCAGGUUGAAGUGGGCUCAGUGUCACAAGUUCAAAAGUCAGUUGUUGACCCUGAACCUUUGGCCUGUGGCAGCACAGCACAUCACCCGGGGAAGCAUAUGGCAGAGGAGGCCUUCCUCAUUGGAGGCCGGCCACCUGCUGAGCAGGUGGUGGGAAGAAUAGGAACCAGCAAUGGCCAUGGAUUUGUUGCCCUGGACCUGUCACCAAUUGACCUUUGUCGCUUCCUUCCCCGUCUCUGCUUCGCUGGAUGCCGCCCAGGGGAGUUCUCAGUGCGCGAUGAUUUUUUUGGAAUGGGCAAAGAAGUGGGAAACCUGCUGUUGGAAAAUUCACAGCUCCUAGAAACCAAGAACGCUUUGAACGUGGUGAAGAAUGACCUCAUUGCCAAGGUUGACCAGCUGACCGGGGAGCAGGAGGUGCUGAAAGGAGAGCUGGAAGCUGCCAAGCAGGCCAAGGCCAGACUGGAGACCCGCGUCAAGGAGCUGGAGGAAGAGCUAAAACGAGUGAAGUCUGAGGCUGUCAUUGCCCGUCGUGAGCCCAGAGAAGAGGUGGAGGAUACAAGCAGCUAUCUCUGUACAGAACUGGACAAGAUACCCAUGGCCCAGCGCCGCCGCUUCACUCGGGUGGAGAUGGCACGGGUGCUCAUGGAGCGCAACCAGUACAAGGAGCGGCUCAUGGAGCUGCAGGAGGCCGUGAGGUGGACCGAGAUGAUCAGGGCAUCACGAGAGCACCCGUCUGUUCAGGAGAAGAAGAAGUCCACCAUCUGGCAGUUCUUCAGCCGCCUCUUCAGUUCCUCCUCCAGCCCGCCUCCUGCCAAGCGCUCCUACCCGUCAGUGAACAUCCACUACAAAUCCCCCACCACUGCCGGCUUCAGCCAGCGCCGCAGCCACGCCAUGUGCCAGAUCUCAGCCGGCAGUCGGCCUCUGGAGUUCUUCCCGGACGAUGACUGCACAUCUUCCGCCCGGCGUGAGCAGAAGCGCGAGCAGUACCGCCAGGUUCGAGAGCACGUGCGCAAUGAUGAUGGCCGGCUGCAGGCCUGCGGCUGGAGCCUGCCUGCCAAGUACAAGCAGCUGAGCCCCAGCGGGGGCCAGGAGGACACGCGGAUGAAGAACGUCCCUGUGCCCGUGUACUGCCGCCCCCUGGUAGAGAAGGACUCCACCAUGAAGCUAUGGUGUGCCGCUGGUGUCAACCUGAGCGGGUGGAAGCCGAGUGAAGAGGACUCUGGCAAUGGAGUCAAGCCGAUUCCCGGCCGUGAUCCUCUGACCUGUGACCGGGAAGUGGAAGGCGAGCCCAAGAGCGACCAUGCGUCCCCUGAGAAGAAGAAGGUCAAGGAGGCGCCAGAGACCGAUGCCACCUCCAGCCGGGUGUGGAUCCUCACCAGCACCCCAACCACCAGCAAGGUGGUGAUCAUUGACGCCAACCAGCCCGGCACGGUCGUGGACCAGUUCACAGUCUGCAACGCUCACGUCCUGUGCAUCUCCAGCAUCCCCGCCGCCAGCGACAGCGACUACCCCCCGGGAGAGAUGUUCCUGGACCGCGAUGUGAAUCCCGAGGACUCCAGCGCCGACGGCGUGCUAGCUGGCAUCACCCUGGUGGGGUGUGCCACCCGCUGCAACGCGCCACGGAGCAACUGCUCCUCCCGGGGGGACACCCCCGUGCUGGAUAAGGGGCAGGGGGAGGUGGCAGCCACGGCCAGCACGAAGGUCAACCCAUCCCAGUCCACGGAGGAAGCCACGGAAGCCACAGAGGUGCCAGACCCUGGACCCAGCCAGCCGGAGGCCACUGCUGCUCGGCCUGGGCCCCUUACAGAGCAUGUGUUCACUGACCCGGCACCCACCCCACCGUCCAGCACCCAACCUGCCAGCGAGGACAGGCCGGAGCCAGGUGUCAGCAGGGAGCAGCCGCCGCUCGAGUCCAGCGCGGAGCCCUCGGCAUCCAUCAGCAGUGCGGCACCCACCAUGUGGCUGGGAGCCCAGAAUGGCUGGCUCUACGUGCAUUCAGCCGUGGCUACCUGGAAGAAGUGUCUGCAUUCCAUCAAGCUGAAGGACUCCGUGCUGAGCUUGGUGCACGUGAAAGGCCGCGUGCUGGUGGCUCUGGCGGACGGGACCCUGGCCAUCUUCCACCGUGGCGAAGAUGGCCAGUGGGACCUGAGCAACUACCAUCUGAUGGACUUGGGUCACCCGCACCACUCCAUCCGCUGCAUGGCCGUGGUGUACGACCGCGUCUGGUGCGGCUACAAGAACAAGGUGCACGUCAUCCAGCCCAAGACGAUGCAGAUUGAGAAGUCAUUUGAUGCCCACCCAAGGCGGGAGAGCCAAGUGCGGCAGCUGGCAUGGAUUGGCGACGGGGUGUGGGUGUCGAUCCGCCUGGACUCCACCCUGCGGCUCUACCACGCCCACACCCACCAGCACCUGCAGGAUGUGGACAUCGAGCCCUAUGUCAGCAAGAUGCUGGGGACCGGCAAGCUGGGCUUCUCCUUUGUGCGCAUCACCGCCCUGCUCAUUGCAGGCAACCGCCUCUGGGUGGGCACGGGCAACGGGGUCGUCAUCUCCAUCCCCCUGACUGAGACCGUGGUCCUCCACCGAGGCCAGCUCCUGGGGCUCCGAGCCAACAAGACGUCCCCCACAUCUGGGGAGGGGGCCCGCCCAGGGGGCGUCAUCCACGUGUAUGGGGACGACGGUGGCGACAGGUCCGCCAGCAGCUUCAUCCCGUACUGCUCCAUGGCCCAAGCCCAGCUCUGCUUCCACGGGCACCGGGACGCCGUCAAGUUCUUCGUCUCGGUACCAGGGAACGUGCUGGCCACGCUCAACGGCAGCGUGCUCGACAGCCCGACCGAGGGCCCGGGGCCCUCCGUGCCUGCCGUGGAGGCCGAGGGCCAGAAGCUGCGGAACGCACUGGUGCUCAGCGGCGGGGAAGGCUACAUCGACUUCCGCAUUGGGGACGGAGAGGACGACGAGACGGAGGAAGGCACUGGGGACGUGAGCCAGGCGAAGCCCGGGCUCUCCAAGGCUGAGCGCAGCCACAUCAUUGUGUGGCAGGUGUCCUACACCCCCGAGUGAGGCCCUGCCCUGCCUGAUGCCAACCUGUACAUAGGCCCCCUGCCCGCCUGCUCCCGCCUGUCCCCCUGGGGCAGCCAGACAUCCAUCCACCCCCUCUAACCUCUCAACGUGCAGCUUUCACCUGAGCCCUGGGCCCCGCGGGCAGGGAGGUGAUGCGGUUGCUGGAGGGCGGGUGUGGGUGCCACUCCUGGUGAGGAGGGGCAGGCCCUCUGCACCUCCUCCCCCGCAGCUCCCAACCACUGCCCCGCCCAGCUCCCUGGAGCCCAGGGGCACCCUGGAGCCAGCCCUGCGGAGGCCCGGCCCCUCACCACUGAGGAGCAGGCCCUUCCUCCCGCGUCCCAGUGCUCUGCAUGCUGUCCCUGGGCUGGGGCCGUGGCUCUCAGACCCUUGUUCCACAGAGGAGCCAGGCCCAGCCACCAUCCUCUGCCCAGAGAGAGGGGGCUUGGACUGCUCAGGUACCUGGACCCCAGCCCAUCUUCUCUGGCCUUCCCACCCCAAGCCCAUUCCCUUCACCCCAACCCGGGCUGCGCCCGCACUCUGGCAUGGAAGCUCGGGCAGGGGCAGCUGCUUCAGAAGAUGAACCGGACACUCCACACCCUACUGGAGCCUGAGGCUGUCGGCCCUUCAUUCCCCACGUCCCCAGGCUCUCCCUGGGCACAAGCCCCACCGCCAAGGAGCAAACCCCUGCUGCACUGCCCCUCCCAGAAGCCCCUUGGGUGGAAUUCUCAGGCUGCCGUGGCAGGCGCAGGCCUCAGGAAGAAGGGAAGGCCCGGCCUCCCCUGGGUCAGGCCUAGGAUGCAGGCUCAGCCUCAGGUUGGUGGGGGAUGGAGUGCUCCUGGGGCCUGCCUCCUGCACAGGGCUCCAUGGCGUCCAGCUCCCAGACACGUACUAAGUGCCUAGGGUUGCCCUCUGUGGCCUGCUCCCCCGGAGAGCAACUGAGGAGAGGCUGCCAGGCAGAGGCCAGGGCCGAGGGUGGGGCCGGGCAGCCCCGCUGACGGGGUGUCAUGGGUUGCUGGGCGCCUCCACCUUCCGGCCCAGGCCUUAUUCCUGCUCUAGAGCCCCGCCACCCCCCUCCCACCCAGAGAAGCACAGAUCUCGGGGAGCUGUCCCUUGAGCCCAGCUGGCCACGGCAGGCUGCAGGCUUCUCCCCACUGCCCUGCCACCUCUCCACUGUGAUGUAUGUCCUUUGUCUGUUCCUACAGGAGCAUGAAGUGACUGGGGUUAGCUGGGUGGGUGCGGCUGGAGGAAGGGGCCGGGCGCAAUUCUCCUCAGGCUUUGGCCCUGCAAGUGAGCCCACAUAUCUGCCCUGUAUGUAAUAAACGUCUGCA